AUUUAUUGAUGUCUCGAAAAUAAUAUCCCUAUUUUAGUGUUUAAGUGGAAGCUGCAUUGGAUAGCUGCGUUUUCAGUUAGGAGCAAUGUCAUUAUAUCAGCUUAUUCUAGCAUGUAGCAUCUUGGGAGUUGGAGUAUUUCCAAUUCCCAUACCUCAAUUUUUUGGACAUUUUAAUCCGUUUCCUCCAGGCUUUAAUCCUUUUCCUCCAGGUUUCAACCCGUUUCUACCACAAGUUUUUCGUUACGAUCAAACAUUUUACCCAAAUGGAAAUGGCGGGUACUACGAAGCGCAACCACAGGGUUUCUUCAACCCAGUGAAAAACAUUCUUAAAUCCUUGCUUCCACGUAAGUAUCAUUCUUUAAUCACAUUUUUUAAAUAUCUUAGCAUAAAUAUAAUUUCCUCAUGGAAAGGAAAUACUUACCAUUUAAAAUACUCUUAAAAUUUGUGUUUACUUUUCGAACGUACUCAUAGCAAAAUGCGUAGAUAUUAUUCCACUCUUUAACUUUUACAAUUACAUCAGUUAGGGUUGGUUUAAAGAGAAUGUUGCUAUUAAACUCUUGUUAAAUAAAUAAAUGUUAAAUAGGUAUAUUCAUGACUCUAGUCAGUUAAAGGUGACGUUUAAAAAAAAACAAUUGCGAAAUAACAACUAACCUGAUGCAAAAAUUAAAAUACUUUAAAAAAAAAUUAAAACAAAAUUAUUUCUAGUUAAAUAUCGCUUCAUUUAUACGGAUUUAUUACCAUAUAUAACCCAUAAUAUUAAAGAUAAUUCGCUGCAUUACCUUUUUUAGGUUAUUGUUUUUUGAAGAAUUGCUUGAAUUUUGUGAUGAGUGAGCUUUCAAACAAAAUAUUUUUGAAUAUCUUUUCAUGAAUUUUCUAGAAUGUACAUAGAAUUAGCUCCAUAUCAUAUGAACUGUUUACAGCGAUUAAUUAAGUAUUAUUUGUCUUAGAAUGAAUUUUUUAAUAGAAGACUUUUAGAGCUGAGCCUUUUUUAACAUGCCAAAGAUUUAUAGCAGUGUGGGUCCUAAAAUUAAAAAGUACUAAUAUAGCUACGUUACGCAUUAGAAAAUGUAUCUUAUAAUCGUUAGGGAACAAAAAAAUUUUAAUGUAUUAUUUAACAUUUGCAUAGUAAUUAUUAGUUUAAAAACAGAUUAGUUUCGAAACAGAUUCUUUUUAACUUAUUUGAUUUUGAUCUUGCAGCAGCCUUGAAUGCUUUCAAU